AUGCUGGGCAGCCCGUCCAACAACGGCGGCGUCAGGAUGCUGGCGCCCCCGGCCCCCGGCGACGACCGGCGGGUGGAGUUCGUGGCGCUCACCGCCGUCCACACGGAGCGGAGCGAGCCGUCCACGCCGGAGCGAGGGCUGCCGUCUCACCGCACCGGGCUGCUGGGCACGCCGCUGCCGGGACCUCCGGGACCCCGGACCAACACGUCGGCCACCGGCAAACGCUUCCGAAAGUUGCAGAACUGCUUGUACAACGUCCUGGAGAGACCGAGGGGAUGGGCCUUCAUCUACCACGUCUUCAUUUUUCUUCUGGUCUUCAGCUGCUUGGUGCUGUCCGUCUUCUCCACCAUACGUGAACACCAGGACUUCGCCAACCAGGGCCUCUUCAUCCUGGAGUUUGUGAUGAUCGUGGUGUUCGGGCUGGAGUACUUCAUCAGGAUCUGGGCGGCGGGAUGCUGUUGCCGAUACCGCGGCUGGCAGGGGCGGCUGAGAUUCGCCCGGAAGCCCUUCUGCGUCAUCGACUUCAUCGUGUUCGUGGCGUCGCUGGCGGUGAUCGCGGCGGGCACGCAGGGCAACAUCUUCGCCACCUCGGCCCUGCGCAGCAUGCGCUUCCUGCAGAUUCUUCGGAUGGUGCGUAUGGACCGGCGAGGAGGCACCUGGAAGCUGCUGGGAUCGGUGGUCUACGCUCACAGCAAGGAGCUGAUUACGGCGUGGUACAUCGGCUUCCUGGUGCUCAUCUUUGCCUCCUUCCUGGUCUACCAGGCUGAGAAGGACGACAACACCGACUUCAGCAACUAUGCAGACUCCCUCUGGUGGGGGAUUAUCACGCUGACCACCAUUGGUUACGGCGACAAGAUCCCUCGCAGCUGGCAAGGUCGUCUUCUGGCCGCCGGCUUCGCCCUCCUGGGCGUCUCCUUCUUCGCCCUGCCCGCCGGAAUUCUGGGCUCGGGCUUUGCCUUGAAGGUGCAGGAGCAGCACCGGCAGAAGCACUUUGAGAAGAGACGCAUGCCCGCCGCCAACCUCAUCCAGGCGGCGUGGCGCCUCUACUCCACGGACGCCAAACACUCCUACCUGACGGCCACCUGGUACUUCUACGACAGCAUGCUGCCCUCUUUCAGAGAACUGACGCUGCUGUUCAGUCACCUCCAGCGGCAGCGUAACACCAACAAGAAGGUCCUGCACAACUCCUACCACACGCCGCUGUCAGGGCUGCGGCCCUACAGCGCCCCCUACCUGUCAGGGGACAGUCAAGUCCUCGCUAAAAAGCGGGGUCUCUUCCGGAUUCAUGCCGGACGCAAGCAGAGUAAAUUAGGCUUCCGGGAUCGCAUCAGGAUGAACAAUUCCCGGUCCAGCCAAGCCAUCCGCAGCAAGACGUCGCCGCAGCCGCCCGCCCCCGCCGUGAGGCGCUCGCCCAGCCAGGAGAACGUCCCCGAGGCCGGGAGCCCCGGGAAGGUGCAGAAGAGCUGGAGCUUCAACGACCGCACGCGCUUCCGCACCUCGCUACGACUCAAAGCGCGCCCGCCCGCCUACGUGGACGGGCUUGGCGAGGACAGCGUGGAGGACAAAGGCUACUGCGAUGUGGCCAUGGAUGAGGUCAUCCCCGCCGUGAAGACGCUCAUCCGCGCUGUCAGGAUCCUGAAGUUCCUGGUGGCCAAGAGGAAGUUCAAGGAGACGCUGCGUCCCUACGACGUGAAGGACGUCAUCGAGCAGUACUCAGCGGGACACCUGGACAUGCUGGGACGCAUCAAGAGCCUGCAGAUGCGAGUGGACCAGAUCAUCGGGCGAGGGGCGGUGCAGCCCGAUAAGAAGGCGCGGUCCGAAAAGGGGGAGAAAACGCCGCCAGAGCUGGACUCUCUGGACGAGCUCAGCAUGAUGGGGCGCGUGGUCAAAGUGGAGAAACAGAUUCAGUCCAUCGAGAACAAGCUGGACCUCCUGCUCAACUUCUACUCUCAGUGCCUAAAGAAAGGCUCCUCCCACUUCACCCUGUCCACCCUGCUGGACCCGGACCUGACCUCAGACUACCACAGCCCCACGGACCAAAGAGACCUCUUCCCGUCCGCCAACACGCUCAACACCAUCUCCCAGUCGGAGAGCUGCAACUUGGAGUCGCAGUGAGCGGGAAACUACGGCAGGCUCCUUAUUUUUAUUUCAUCUUUUUAUUUUUAUUUUAUUUUUUUUAACCCUGCGUCCUGCAUCCUUAUGAGUGCUGCAGCCAGAGGCCACUAGAGGGCUCCACUGGACCCCCCUGACAAGCCUUGCUUGUUACAUCUAGCAAACAUUAGCAAAGCUAGUUUGGUGCAGACCGUGUCCCCAUUCUUUCCGGUAAGUUCCCAAGGGUACUCAAGGUGAACACGGGAAGAAUUAUGACUGAAUGGAAGCACAUUCACAAGGACAAAAGUCCGCGUUUGCUUGGUGCAUCGUUGCCCGUGCACGCUGGAGUCUACCUCCGUGUUUACGUACCGUAGCGGCAUUAUCACACCCGACGUGUGAAAGAACAUGAAGAAGAAUGCACCGUGCUGCAUGACGUAGAAGCUUUUAGGAAGGGCUCGCUCGGGCCCGGGAUGCACAAGGGGAGGAUCUGUGUGCCUUCAGCAAACAGACGCCGCCAUCUUCUGACCGUGCGUUGGAUUUUUAACGUUGUAAAUAUGUCUUCCUUUUCGACGUACGCGUCAGCACUUCCUCAAGAGGAUCAAUGAAAAUGGCACAUUCUUCUCUUUCCUGGCAUGGUGUCUCACCCCCCCCCCCCACUUUAUUAGGAACACCUGCACAAUCCAAUACGACGUCCGUCGCGAUGGGAGCCGCCCGGUUGACCGUUUGUAGAAUUUCGCUUGUAGCUCGCGGUACCGUUCAGCUGCACUGCGUCACUAUGACAACAAAUAUUUUUAUAAACGUACUUCAAGGCCGCACGGUGGAGAAGUGGUUAGCAUGUAGGCCACACGUCUACGUAUAUAUGUGUGCUGCCAUUGGCUGGCCAGCAGUCCAGCUGGGAUAGGCUCCAGCAUACCCCCACCCCAGUGAGGAUAAGCGGCAUAGAAAAUGAAUGGAUGGAUUUUAGAGCUCCUCCAUAAUGAAUGCCUUACCUUUACUUGCUAACCUUUGUUUCAUUAUACUGCGAUACUUCAAUAAUAAUAUAUGAAAUACAAAAUAUGGAUUCUCUACUAUUCAUAUUUCUAUAUUUCAUGUAAUUUAUACAGUAUGUGUUGUUUUUGUCCAAAAGGAGUAGGAAGAAGCAAAGCUAAUUAAAUCCUACCCCUCCAUCUGGUACUUUUACAAUCAGUAACUGUUACAUUUGUUCACUUCCUGCUUUCCAUAAUACAGUUUGUUUUUUUUAAAUAUUUUUUUUUAAUAAUGUACCGAAGUACGAGUAAUAAUAAUAUAUUAUUAUGUUUUUUUUUAUUUUAUAUAUUUUUUAUAUGUGGGAAAAUGUGUUAAAACCUCUUUAUUUUAAUUUGUUUUUAACUAUAUAAUAUAAAUAUUAUAUAUUAUAUAAAUAUAACUAUAUAUAAUAAUAUAUAAUAUAUAUUAUUUUCAAGCAUAGGCCUCCUCUGUAAUAAAAGCCUUACCUUCAUCAUACUUGUAAAUGAACCCACUCCACUAUUAUAAAUAUUAUAAAUAUUAUCUAUUAUUUAAAAUGAAAUGUCAUUAAAAUAUUUGAUAUGCAUUUUCGAUUAAAAAUAUAUAUUAUUUAAAAAAAAGUUUUGUUUUAAAACAUAGGUACUGUACUACUACAAAGGUGAAGUACACACUAUUUGAGGAAAUAACCACCACAGUGUGUCCCACUGUGUGGUCACGUGGGUCAACUACAGUAUAUAUAUGACGUAUUGUAUAGGUAAUAGCGCUACAUAAUAUGUAGGAUUAUUCUUCCGUUUCAUUGGAUUGUGUAGGUGUCCUUAAUAAAGUGCCCGAGGUGUCAUCACGUCCUGUCUAAUCAGCUCUAGGAAAAGUUCCGACGUGUCAAAUGACAACAGGAAGUAGGAGGACGCUGGAUCACAGGCAUGCCGCAACUACCUCUGAGGCCACUAGAGGGCGCUACUACCAAGGCACCGUGCCUGCCUGACUGAAUGCCUUGCAUGACCGCUCUCUCUCUCUUUCUCUUUCUCUUUUUCUCUCUCUCUUUCACUCUGCACGUCGUUUUCCCCCUCCUCUUCGUCACCUUCAUCACUCACUGACUUGCCGCCGUUUGACAUUCCACCUUUGACCUCGCUAUUUGUCGUCCUUUCACCACAAACUGACAGCACAAAGCAAUAAAUGCUAAGCUAGCAGAGUCUUCCACCUUCAGGAUGUAGCAACCUUUGUCAAUUUGAUUGACCUUUGAACCCUACCCCCCCGGGAGUAGCUAGAAGUAGCUCAC